GAGGCGAAAACGCGAGCGGCAGACCUCUCUCCAGCCUCGGUAAAAUACGGAAAUAGUAGAACGAAGGACAGGAGGCGUGGUGGAGCGUAGCGGCAAAACAACAACGAAACCAACUCACUCUUGCGCGCACGCUUGGCACCGUUUUUUGCAAUUUUUCCAAACUAAAAGGAACAAUUUUUGGAGCUUUGAGAAGAGGAGUUUUAUUUACAUUUUUGGGGAUUGCGCCUGGGUUAACUUUACGCGUCAAAAUGGAUGUACUAGCGAAUUACAGUAUUUUCCAAGAACUACAACUGGUGCAUGAUACUGGGUACUUCUCCGCGAUGCCAUCCCUGGAGGAGAACUGGCAGCAGACUUGCUUGGAGCUGGAGCGCUACCUUCAGACCGAACCAAAGCGCCUUUCUGAACUUUUCGAGGAAGAUCUGGACUGCCUCCUCACCCCGGCCUUCAUGCACGGAGCUGACAGCGACGAAGAACUUCUAGAUCCUCUUUUACCAUCCCUCCAAGACCCUCCCAGCCCUCCUCCCGUGCUCAAAACCCUUCCCAAAAUCCACACCAAAAUCCUCCAGAUCUCCAAACCGGACACCGAGACCGCGAAGGAACUCGUCGGCGUCAACGCGGCACAGCUCAGCGCCGCCGUAACUUCGCUAACUCCGCCCUCGUCGCCCGAACUGGGGAGGCAUCUAAUCAAACCGACGCAGACGCUGACGGCCACGGCGGACGGCACGCUAACGUUGAAGCUGGUGGCGAAAAAGGUGGGGUUGGUAGCGGCCAGAGCGUUGCCGUCGCAGUUGAAUCAGAAUGGAGGAGGAGGAGGAAGUUUGAGUGAUAGUGAACAAGGAGGAGGCCUCGAUAUUCCUGAAAAUAAAAAGAGGGUCCACAGAUGUCAGUUCAACGGCUGCAGGAAAGUCUACACCAAAAGUUCACAUCUCAAGGCGCAUCAGAGGACACACACAGGAGAGAAGCCGUACAAGUGCUCGUGGGAGGGCUGUGAGUGGCGUUUCGCCCGCAGUGAUGAGCUCACGCGACACUACCGCAAACACACAGGAGCCCGCCCCUUUAAAUGCAACCACUGCGACAGGUGUUUCUCUCGGUCGGACCACCUGGCUCUGCACAUGAAGCGCCACAUCUGAGUCCUACCGCCAGAGGACAGCAGCAGAGAGGAGCAGAGCGGAGGGAAUCGAGCUAGCAACCUCCCGCUCCUCCUGCUCCCAGGCACCACCGAGGAGCAGAGCAGAGGGAAUCCAACCACCAACCCCUCAGCUACUACCCUCCCCCGGCUCCCUCCCUCCUGUCCCCCGCACCAGCCGGACGCCACCGCGGGCAACCCCAGUACGGUGGCCCGAAUGGGACAUCAACAACAAAAUGGAGGAGAUUGUUGCGAGAUUGUUGUUUUUCUCUACCACUUCACCACAACUUUUACAAUAGUCACAGUUUUGUCCGUUUUCAGUCAAACCCCAACUGUCUUCAAGCACUUUUGGGGUCUUGGAGUUUACCUUAUCAAUAACCAGUAACCACUUUUUUUAUUUUUCUGCAUGCAAUCUAAUAUAUCGAAGUAGUUAGUGUACUCAAAUACUCAACUUUUUGCCGUUUCUCAUCUUUGCAAUUCAAAAUCCACCUCUGCACUGCAAAAAAUAAUACGUACACGCUAAAAUGUUGACUUUACUUAAAUGUAUUGAGUUAUAUUUUACACCCAAUUAUUUUAUGUUUAUCCAAAGCAAGUAAAUGUACUUUAAAAAAAUAAUUAACCUAAAAUAGUUAGAUGCAAAACGUUGGCAUAGUUCAUUUAUUUAAAGUCAAUAUUUCGAUUUUUUGAGUGUAUAUGGUUAAAAUGACUUGAAUUUAAGAUUUUGAGCAGAUUUUAAUUAUGCUGUUGUGAGCAAAUUAAAUUAUCACCAACUCAAUUAUACUCAAAUACGCAAACAAAAAAUCUGGUCCAAAAUGACUGGACACUUUUUAAUUUUAAGUGCAAUUUUCAACACUAGCAAAAUAAUGCUAGACAAUCUUUUUAAAACUAUCAACAUAGUAACAGAUUUCAAAAUUGUGAAAUCUAGAUUUAU